AUGCAGGAAAAGCGAUAUAGAAAUGCUUGGCAAUUAUUAAAUCUUCCGCCAAAAUUUGUCUGCCCACAAGGAUCAGUAUGUAGUGGCAUCGAGGGCUUGUGUAUAUGCUUGAAACGACUGGCAUAUCCAUGUCGCUAUUCUGAUCUUAUAUACCGGUUUGGAAAACCACCUCCCGUAUUGAGUAUGAUUCAUAAUGAAGUAGAUGAUUUUAUUUACAACGAACAUGGUCAUUUAGUUACCAGAUGGAACCAGCAUUCAAUUCUCAGUCCCAGAAAUCUUCAAAAAUAUGCAGAUGCAAUCCACGCUAAAGGGGCAGCUCUAGAUAACUGUUUUGGUUUUGUGGAUGGAACUGUAAGACCUAUUUGUCGUCCCAAAAAGUUGCAGAGAUCAGUGUAUAAUGGACACAAACGUGUUCACGCCAUUAAGUUUCAGUCAGUUUCAUUGCCGAAUGGAUUGAUUGGUCAUUUGUACAGACCUGUAGGUAUGAAGAAUAGGUUUUUCUUUAUAUUUUUGUAUAUUUUCUACUGCAAAUGUGCAUCAUAUGAAGUGAAAUGUCCUACAAUUAGCCAAAAUGUUUUAUAUGUACCUUUAUGUAAUCCAUAAUAGAGCUCUCACACUCCUGAAAGUAAGCAAACUAUUUGACAUUUGGGUCAUGCCAAUUUUCACAACCCCAGACAUUCAUCUCUGUCUUUUAAUAUUGAUGUAUUUGAUAUAUUAAUUGCAUACACAUAUGAAAUUUUUAGUUCACCAUUUGAUGCUGGAUUUUUUAUAUGGUUUUAGAGGGAAAGAGGCAUGAUGCAUCUAUGCUUGCGGAGUCUGGCCUUCUUGCUGACCUGGAAAGAUUUGCCUUCUCAGAGGAAGGGCAACCAAUGUGCAUUUAUGGGGACCCAGCCUAUCCCUCGACGAGUUCACCUCCAGGCCCCUUUUAG